AAAUAUCUGCUACGUUGGCUACAUUGGCGACCGAUCUCCAGCUCUAUCUGCAGGCGCUCACCAACCCCAUUAACACUGCACUCCACUACUAUUAAACAUUUCAGAGAAUAAGAGACAAGAGAAUCAUUCUCCUCUCCCGAUUGAAAUGGCAAUCGAAAGCAAUGCAGAUACACACAUGAAUGGAAAGGCUGGGGAAUUGGCUGUAACAGAUAAUGUUUCUGAGUCUGAAAGUAAAAGCAGUAAAACAAAGAAAAAGAAAGAAAAGCUCAGUAUGGUCAGCCCGUUUUCAGUGUUUCGUUACUCGGAUUCGCUGGAUAAAUUAUUGAUGAUACUAGGUGCUUUCUUUGCAGCCGCUCAUGGAGCUGCCCUUCCCGCCAUGAUGAUUAUCUUUGGAAAUAUGACAGAUACCUUUGUUGCUUCAGGAGUUCCUCCAGAAAACUUUUCUUUAGAUAAUUUUUCUAAGAAUCCACUUGAGAUCCUUGAAGAAAAGAUGACCAGUUAUGCAUACGACUAUUCAGGAAUAGGGGCUGGUGUUCUUGUUGCUGCCUACCUGCAUAUUGCGUUUUGGACACUGGCAGCAAGCCGACAGACCAAAAGAAUUAGGCAACGUUUUUUCCAUGCCAUUAUGCGUCAGGAAAUCGGGUGGUUUGAUAUGAAUGAUUCUGGAGAACUAAAUACUCGACUUAUAGAUGAUGUUUCCAAAAUCAAUGAAGGCAUUGGAGACAAAAUUUCAAUCCUAAUCCAGGGAAUUUCUACAUUUUUAGCAGGAUUUAUAGUUGGGUUCAUUAAAGGAUGGAAACUAACUCUUGUAAUACUGGCAGUCAGUCCUGUUCUGGGAUUGUCUGCUGCAAUUUGGGCAAAGGUCCUUUCUGCAUUCACUGGCAAGGAGCUUGCUGCAUAUGCAAAAGCUGGAGCAGUAGCAGAGGAGGUUCUGGCAGCAAUUAGGACAGUUGUAGCUUUUGGAGGACAGAAAAAAGAAAUCCAGAGGUAUCAUAAAAAUUUAGAAGAUGCUAAAAAUAUUGGAAUCAAGAAGGCUGUUACAGCCAACAUUUCCAUGGGAUUUGCCUUCUUAUUAAUAUAUGCAGCUUAUGCCUUGGCUUUCUGGUAUGGAACAUCUUUGAUACUAAAUAAAGAAGACUAUACCAUUGGGAAAGUCCUUACAGUCUUUUUUUCUGUGCUAAUUGGAGCAUUUAGUGUUGGCCAGGCUACACCAAACAUGGAGGCAUUUGCUAUUGCGAGAGGAGCUGCUUAUGCAGUGUUUAACAUUAUAGAUAAUGAACCUCAAAUUGACAGUUUUUCAGAAACUGGCUAUAAACCAGACCACAUUAAAGGGAACCUGAAUUUCCACAACGUUUGUUUCAAUUAUCCAUCAAGGCCAGAUGUCAAGAUAUUAAAACACUUAAAUCUGAAGGUUAAUAGUGGCCAGACAGUAGCUCUGGUAGGCAGCAGUGGUUGUGGAAAAAGUACAACUGUUCAACUGAUACAGAGAUUUUAUGAUCCUAUGGAAGGCACGAUUACCAUUGAUGAGCAAGAUAUUAAGACUCUGAAUUUAAGGUAUCUCAGGGAGAUUAUAGGUGUAGUGAACCAGGAGCCUGUUUUGUUUGCUACCACAAUUGCAGAAAACAUACGAUACGGACGUGAAGAUGUCACCAUGGAAGAGAUUGAAAAAGCAGUCAAAGAAGCCAAUGCCUAUGACUUCAUCAUGAAAUUGCCUGAUAAAUUUGAAACUGUGGUUGGAGAACGAGGGGCCCAGCUAAGUGGAGGGCAGAAGCAGAGGAUUGCCAUUGCCCGAGCCCUUGUACGUAAUCCCAAGAUCCUAUUGCUGGAUGAAGCGACAUCAGCUUUGGAUACUGAAAGUGAAGCAGUGGUGCAGGCAGCCCUGGACAAGGCCAGGGAAGGUCGCACCACUAUCAUCAUCGCCCAUCGUUUAUCUACAGUUCGCAACGCAGAUCGCAUUGCUGCUUUCGAAGAUGGUGUCAUCACUGAGCAAGGGACCCAUAAUGAACUUAUGAAUAAGAAGGGAGUUUAUUUCAAACUCGUUAACAUGCAGUCAGUUGGAACUGAAGUCGAGCCAGAAGAGCUAAAUGAAAAGCACAGUAUUGCCAGGAGCCUGUCGGGAGACUCAUCAAAAGUCACCCUAUCGAAUGGUAUGAGAAGACGGUCGACUCGCAGAAGCGUCAAAAAGGCAGAAACAGAGGAGGAAGACUUGGAAGUGCAAACUGUCCAGCCAGAAGAAAACUUGCCCUCCGUUUCAUUUUUGAAGAUUAUGAAUCUGAAUAAAUCUGAAUGGCCUUACUUUUUGGUGGGAACAUUUUCUGCAAUCAUUAAUGGAGGUUUGCAGCCUGCGUUUUCAGUAAUAUUCUCUGAAAUCAUAGGGGUUUUCGCAAUAGAAGAUGAAAACAUUGUCCGAGACAAGACCAAUCUAUACUCCUUGCUGUUCUUAGCUCUUGGGAUUAUUUCCUUCGUCACUUUUUUUCUUCAGGGUUUUACAUUUGGCAGAGCUGGCGAGAUCCUUACAAUGAAGAUUCGCUACAUGGGAUUCAAAGCAAUGCUUAGACAGGACAUCAGUUGGUUUGAUGACCCUAAAAACAGCACUGGAGCAUUGACUACAAGACUUGCUAACGAUGCUUCACAAGUAAAAGAUGCUACAGGAGCCAGGCUGGGAUUGAUUGCCCAAAACAUUGCCAAUCUUGGAACAGGGAUUAUUAUCUCAUUGGUAUAUGGCUGGCAGCUGACACUUCUGAUGUUGGCUGUUGUGCCAAUCAUUGCUGUAUCAGGGCUCAUUGAAAUGAGAACAUUGGCUGGUAAUGCAAAGAAAGAUAAGAAGGAACUUGAAAGUGCAGGAAAGAUUGCAACUGAAGCAAUAGGGAAUAUCCGAACGGUUGUUUCCCUCACACAGGAGCCAAAAUUUGAAAGACUGUAUGGACAGAGUUUGCUUGGGCCAUACAGAAAUUCUAUGAAGAAAGCCCACAUACACGGGCUGACAUUUGGCCUUUCCCAAGCAAUGAUGUACUUUACCUAUGCAGGGUGUUUUCGAUUCAGUGCCUUCCUUGUGAGAAAUGAGUACAUGGAUUUUAAAAAUGUUUUCUUGGUAUUCUCCUGCAUUGUCUUUGGUGCCAUGGCACUAGGACAGACUGCUUCAUUUACACCGGAUUAUGCCAAAGCCAAAGUAUCAGCAGCUCACAUGUUCAUGUUGUUUGAAAGAGUACCUUCAAUAGACAAUUACAGCGAGGAAGGAUUAAAACCUGAAACAUUUAGCAGCAAUAUCGUCUUCAAGGAGGUGGCCUUUAAUUAUCCAACACGGCCAGACGUCUCAGUGCUCCAAGGACUGAGUGUUGCCGUCAAAAAGGGACAGACGUUGGCUCUUGUGGGAAGCAGUGGCUGUGGGAAGAGCACCCUGGUCCAAUUGCUUGAAAGGUUCUAUGACCCUCUCAGUGGAGAAGUGCGGUUGGGGGACCAAAAUACAAAACAGUUAAAUAUUCAGUGGCUGAGAUCUCAGAUUGGAAUAGUCUCUCAAGAACCGGUCCUUUUUGACUGCAGCAUUGCUGAGAAUAUUGCCUAUGGUGAUAACAGCCGAGUGGUGCCGUUUGAUGAGAUUGUAAAUGUAGCUAAAGCAGCCAAUAUACAUUCCUUCAUUGAAUCUCUACCAGAUAAAUAUAACACUUCUGUGGGUGACAAAGGAACUCAGCUCUCUGGUGGCCAAAAACAACGCAUCGCCAUUGCUCGAGCCCUAAUCCGCUAUCCUAAACUACUUCUACUAGAUGAAGCAACUUCUGCACUUGAUACUGAAAGUGAAAAGGUAGUCCAAGAGGCCCUGGAUAAAGCCAGACAAGGACGUACCUGCAUUAUAAUAGCUCAUCGGUUAUCUACUGUUCAAAAUGCUGACAGUAUAGCAGUAAUCCAAAAUGGAAAAGUCAUAGAAAAAGGAACACAUCAGCAACUACUGGCCGAGAAAGGAGUCUAUUACUCACUAGUUAAUGUUCAAGCAGGGACCUCCAAUGCGUAAAUUAAAUGACAAUAUAUAUAUAUUGCUAGCAAUGCAUUUGUAAUUGCCAUCUCUAAACACAAAAGGUACUGCUUCUACAACCCCAUAUUAAAGUAACAAACUUGUACUAAUAAUAGGUUGGGUUCUUCUAAGGAUUCUUAGUUCAGAUGUGGUACAAAACCAUGUAAUCGUCUAAACAAGGAACAUUCCCCUAACAUUGAAAUAUCAAACCAGGAUCUGAAACCAUGAUUUCAAGUUGGUUUAUUAAUCACAGAUAGUCUUGACUAUAAUGUUUUGAGAGGAAGGAAUAUGUACAUUCUGGCUUGGUUUCCAGCAAUGCACUCAAACACUCCCUGGCUUAUAGUAGGGCCUGGUCAGAACAAAGGCAAUGAAACCAGCAUUUGUCAAGGCAAACCAGAAAUUUAGUGUUCAUCUGAGAGCCAAAUUCUGGUUUGAUAAAGUAAUCCAUAGUUAAACCGAGCAGUAAUGAGACAGGAGGCCUAGGUCUUGAUUCAAUCCAGGUGAAUGCAUUGUCUUGAGCUUUGUUAUCCGUUGUAAUUCAGCAGUCUCUCUUUCUAAUCUUGCUUUGAAAUUCCUCUGCAGAAUAACUGCUACUUUUAGGUUAGCAACUGAAUGUCCUGGUUUUUGAAUGUCGUGGUUUAUGAUGUCAAACUUACGUCCAUUAAUUCUCUGUUAAAGGGACUGGCCAGUUUGUCCAAUGUAGACAACAUUAUGUUAGGUCAAUUUAUCACUGUUAAACGGAUAAUUAAAAAAGAUCAAAACAAAACCAGGAAAGGGGGAAAGGAAGGUGGGGAGAGGAGUGGUUUGAUAAUGAUGAAUGUCCAAUCAACAAGAAGUAGGUUGGAGGUGGGUGGGAAUGGGUAAAACAAAACUGAAAUUUUAUGCACAAGGAAAAAAAUUGACUCAAAAUUAGCUUCCAGAAAAAUACCAAAGGAAAAGUGAUCUCAAAACAACCUGAGAAAACUUGAGGAAAACACAAAAAAACUCAAAGCAAAAAUUGAAAGCAAAAAAAUAAAAAUGCAUGGAGAACUCAUGGAACCAAAACGGAUAGAAAAUAUCCAUGCAGAAGAUCCCUGAUGGCCAAAAUUUGAAUUACUUGCACUUCUGAGUGAAACUGUUAAAAGUAUUAUGGAUUCCUAGUACAAAUUGUUUAAAAGUUUUGGUUAUCAGUGUCCACCAUCAAACUCCCAGAAAAAAAAUCUUGGAACUUAGCAAUCAUUUCCACUAAUUUUACUUCAAACGUAACUUCCUAAUGUAGAAGUGUGUUUAGAAUGACAGACCUAAGUAGCUUGCCUUUGUUAUUAUGUAUAAAACAAAGAUGUGUAAGUACCUAUAAUUAAAUUAUUUUCAUGUAUUUUAUUUUUGUUUCCUAAGACUGCUGUACAAUAAUAGCACAUUACAAAUGUUAAGAUGUUUUAGUAAACUGAAUUCUCUUUAAGUA